CUAUAUAUGCCCCCACACUCUUAUAAGAGAAGACUAAUAAAUGCUUCAACAUCACGAUCGAAAGUGAACUUGUAAGGGAAAAGGAUAAGAGGGAGAAUAAGAAGAAGGUAGAAGAGAGGAGGAUGUGGUGGUGGUACACGUCAAGUUUCCGGUGGCCGGAUUUAAACCUUUCGGUGCCGUGGUCGACGUUCAGGUGGCCGGAGUUAAGCCUUUCGGUGCCGUGGUCGAUUUUCCGGUGGCCGGCGUUGGACUUAUCGUAUUGGAACGUAGAAGGUGUGAUUCAGUGGAACUUGUCGUUGGUUGAUGACGUGGUAUGGGCCUUGAUUACGGGCCUUGAGUCCAUAGCUUUGCUCGCCUUACUCUGCUACUUCUUCAUCUGUUGUGGUUGUACUCUCUAAUCUAAUUCUCAUUUAUUUAUUUUGUUUUUCUCUAUAUAUAUUUUAUAUUUCAAAAAUGAAUUGUAGUUAAUAUAUUUCUAAAGUUGAUUGUA